AUGGCAGCACUGUGGCUCCAUUCUGUCUCUCUGCUGGUCCUACUGGUCAUGUUGUGCCCGGGCAAAGCCAUUUCAUCACAGCACCUGUGUGGCUCUCACCUGGUCGAGGCCCUAAACUUGGUCUGUGGGGAGAGAGGCUUUUUCUACAAUCCCAGGAGAGACGUCGACCCUGUGCUGCGUUUCCUACCUCAAAAGGCAGGUGGAGCAGCACCAGCAGGAGGUGACAACGAGGUUGCUGAGUUUGCCUUUAAGGACCAGAUGGAGAUGAUGGUGAAGCGAGGCAUCGUGGAGCAGUGCUGUCACAGGCCCUGCAGCAUCUUUGAGCUGGAGAACUACUGCAACUGAACAGCUAGCCUGUACCCCAGCGAUUUGUUUCCCUAGCCUAGCUUAGCAUAGCUUUGCUUCUUGGCUAACUUAGCUUGCAACCUCUAUUACUUCCCGCAAUUACCAGGAGACCAGCAGUGUUAUUGUCUCUCUGUAAA